AGACAAUGCAUAUAUUUGUCCUUAAUUAAAAUAAAAUUAAAAAAAAAAUUAACAUAUGCAUGGAAAAACUAUUUCUAUUACUUUUUAUCUUAGUAUAAAUUCACUCUUACUUCAAGAAUCUUAUCACAUCAUUUCCUUUUCUAUAUUUCAUUCUUGUGUUUGUUACUUUGUUUUGAGUUUAUUCUGUUAUAUAUUGAUCUAUAGAAAUGGAAAUGGAGAUGGUACACGGGGCGAAAAGCCGGAUUUUCACUAGGGGGUUGAAUGGCCUUAGAAACUUAGCUGUGAAGUUAAAAGAGAAAUGUGUUGGAAUAGCUAAAAAUAUAAAGAAGUUAGCCAAGGAUGAUCCAAGAAGAGUUAUCCAUUCUUUAAAAAUGGCGCUAGCUCUUACGCUAGUUAGCUUGUUCUACUUUGUUAGACCUCUUUAUGAAGGGUUUGGUGUCUCAGGGAUGUGGGCUGUGUUAACUGUUGUGGUCGUGUUCGAGUUCAGUGUAGGCGCUACUAUAAGCAAAGGUCUCAAUAGAGGUUUAGCAACCUUAACCGCCGGUGCACUAGGGGUUGGUGCUCAACACUUAGCCGUGUUAUUCGGGACGAAAGGAGAGCCAAUUGUCCUUGGUAUCUUGGUGUUCUUACUAGCUUCAAUGUCGACAUUCACAAGAUUUGUGCCAAGCAUCAAGAAACGAUACGAUUAUGGCGUACUAAUCUUCAUAUUGACGUUCAGUUUAGUUGCAGUCUCAGGGUAUAGAGUUGAUGUUAUCUUAGUAUUGGCGUACCAAAGAUUAUCGACCAUCAUAGUUGGUGGUGCCACUUGUAUGAUCGUUUCGAUUUUUAUUUGCCCUGUUUGGGCUGGUGAAGAUCUUCACAACCUCAUCGCCGGCAACCUUGAAAAGCUUGCCAAAUUCAUGGAAGGAUUUGGAGAAGAUUAUUUUACGAUUCCUGACAACGACAAGAUCAGUAUGAACUCCAAGAAAGAUGGCAAAUCAUACCUCCAAAGUCAUAAAAGUAUCCUUGCUUCUAAAACUAAUGAAGAGAACUUGGCAAAUUUUGCUCGAUGGGAGCCAUGCCAUGGUCAAUUUAGGCUUCGCCAUCCUUGGAAACAAUACGUCAAAGUUGGAGCUCUUGCUCGACAAUGUGCUUACCACAUUGAAACUCUCUGUGGGUUUAUCAAUACCGAAGCCAAGGUACCAAUGGAGUUCCGAAGAAAAAUCAAGGAUUCGUGCACGAAAAUGAGCAUCGAAUUGAGCAAGGCAUUAAGGGCAAUGGCUUCAUCCAUUGAAAAAAUGGCUCACCCUAAGCAAGUAGUCAUGCAUAUAGAGAACUCCAAACAAGCUGCAAAAGAACUCGAAAAUGUACUCAAAACAAUGUUAUAUGGACCGGAAGAUAUAAUAGCACUCGUACCGGAUGCAACCGUUGCAUCUAUACUAGUUAACAUAACCACUUGUGUGGAAAAAAUAUCAGAAGCUGUUCAUGAACUUGCUAAGGUAGCACAUUUCAAGGAAAAAGUCGAGGCCACGGUGUCACCGGAGCCGGCUAAACACACGGCAAAACUUCACCGUGGCAUAGUGAACCCGAUGUAUGAUGAAGGUGAUCGCGGUGAGGUUGAUUACGUGGAAGUAAUUGUAUGUGAUCAAAAGCCUCAAAAGAUUGAGAAUUGUAUAGAAGGGGAGAUAAGGGUUGAUAAUAAUAUGUGCUCAAAUAACGUAAAUAAUAGUAUUGUUAUUAGUCCUCCGUCUAUAAUUACAUGCACGUGAAGCUCUUUUGUUUUUGUUAAGGCAUCCAUGCAUGAGUUUUACUUAAUUGAU